GUCGCCCGCUUGCUCGUCCAGCUCGAGCACUCCUUGGCACUGUUCCCCCAUCCAUUACGACGACUCGAACGCAUACACGCACGCAUACACGCACGCGAUGGCUCACAGAUCAGGAAUUGCUACACCCUCAUCCCAAAUGGCUGGCCCUUCGGAUCUGCGAAGGCGCGCCUUCAUGCCUGGGAUUGCAGCAGCGCCCGGAGGACCGCCUUCGCCCACCUUGUCCGCCACCACGCACGCAUCCACCGCCUUUGCUGGGCAAGACUCUUCUCUGCGACCUCGCUUAGUGGUGACGCGCGCGGAUAUGAGGGCAUCCUUGUCGGCCUACGACGAGCUGCUUCAAGCCAGCAAAGCGUACACUUCGGCCAUGCUGGCCAUGAGCCACGCAUCGGCUGGCAUGGCAGCUGCCAUGGAGACGUGCAGCCGCGUAAAGGGAGCUCACGAGGCGGGCAGCGGCUUGCAAGCAGCUGCGGGUCUGCACCACUUGCUGGCCAACUCUCAGAGCUUGCUGGCAGAUGUGCUGUGGAGAGAUUUCAGCAUCCCACUGCUGGAGCACUACGAUGCCUAUCGCGCUGGCACUGCGGACAGGCAAGUGGCGCACGAGGCAGAGAUUCGCGCAAAGAGCAAGAUUUUGGGCGAAACGGAAGCUAGAAAUAUGCGCACGGGAAGGCGCAAGGAGCGCGACCUGAACAGCUUCAGGAGGGCGUUGGCAGAGUUGCAAUCGCAAGUGGAUGCGCUGGACGAGGUAAAGAGCAGCUACUACCACGAAGUCCUCGAAGGCGAAGAAGAGGUUUGGGGCUUCAUCCACCAGAAGAUCGCACACUUGCUGAGAUCGCAAUUGGAGAUCCACGAGCGCAUCUCUUCCAAAGGCCUGUCUGACCCUGUACUCGAGAAUAUGCUCUCCACGGUUCCGGAUCCCUUUUCAGCCUAUGGGCCAGCCAAGACGGAGGAUCAGAUUUUCAGCGUCUUGGCACCAGGCAGUCUAGGCAUGGUGCAGGGCACAGAGAGCGAGAGCGAGAAUGAGGUCGGGGCAGCACUUGCUGCCGGUCUCAGGUCGCCGAACCUGUUGAGCCCCAGCACCCCAGCUAAAGGCUUGCCCAGGGGAAUCAGCGCAGCCAGGUCCAAGAAGGAGGAGACGUCCUCUGCCAGUCCAGAAGGCGUGAGCGCGGGUAUAGCACAGCCAGUCGGGCUCGGUCUUGUGGCCGAUCAGCUGGCAAACAGGGGCGGCGCUACUGGCCCGCAGGUUGCGGAUGCCGAAGAUGGCGACCUCUUUGACAAGGACGAGACGGAACUGGACGACAAUGCAGACGUCGACAUUUUCGGUGGAGCCGUGUCUCCCCGCGCUUAUGCUCAAGCGCAACACGCGCACUCUACCAGCAUCGCCACGCGCCUCAAGCACUCUCUCAGCAUCAUCGAGGAGACUUCUGCCGGUGGUCCAAAAGGAGCGACGCCAGUAGGGUCCGAAGCUGGAGGCGAAGGUACCAAACAGAGCGAGUCGGAUGACAACAGCGCUGCCACGGCUGACAACAGCUUUCAAAAGUGACCCUCUACGAAAUCGACGAAUGUGACGUAGACGAGUUAAUGACGCAUGAUUUGCUAAUCUACACGUGUAAAGGUCUAUCGAAUUGCCAGUGCUGCGCGAGCUCGUGUGGCUGCACCCCUCGCCGCUUUCACAAAGGCUGCAUCUCUCGCUUUUGCCUGUUUCGCCAAGGCUGCUCUGGCUUGGAACGCAGAGAGUGGUGGCUGGCUGACUGUCGGCGCCGGCGUGCUUGUGAGGGACAGCUGCACGAGCUUGGCGAUGGCGUCUGAGAACGUUGUGCGACGCGCAUGCUCAUCCACAUGCCGGGCGGUGUUUCGUCGGGAGUACAAAGGGGCUUGGUGUUGGACCCGUAGCACGCACGCAACUAGCGUAUUUUGCCCUCCAAGACGCUCAUUGGCACAAGCUCGGACAACACUUUGGAAAGCCAGCAAAUUCGCGUCAAAGGUGGCACGAUCCAUGCUCUCGAUGAGGAGCGAGGUGGAAAGCAUUUGGAGGAGGUGCGC